UCCUGGGCCGAAUUGGCUGCGAGCCGAGGCGCCGCGGAGGGAGGCCUGUUUGCCGGGCUUUGCCUGAAAUGGACACCCGGAUCCCUUAUGAUGACUACCCAGUGGUUUUCCUGCCUACCUAUGAGAAUCCUCCAGCAUGGAUUCCUCCUCAUGAGAGAGUGUACCACCCAGACUACAACAAUGAGCUGACCCAGUUUCUGCCCCGAAUUGUCACACUGAAGAAGCCCCCUGGCGCUCAGUUGGGAUUUAACAUCCGAGGAGGAAAGGCCUCCCAGCUAGGCAUCUUCAUCUCCAAGGUGAUUCCAGACUCGGAUGCACAUCGAGCAGGACUUCAAGAAGGGGACCAAGUUCUAGCUGUGAAUGAUGUAGAUUUCCAGGAUAUUGAGCACAGCAAAGCUGUUGAAAUCCUAAAGACAGCCUGAGAAAUCAGCAUGUGCGUGCGCUUCUUUCCUUACAAUUAUCAUCGGCAAAAGGAGAGGACUGUGCACUAGAGACUUGCAGCCCACAGCCCUCCAUGUGGAAUCUGCCAGAGAAGCUGGCUAGCCCUCCGAGAAGCCAGGCAGGAAAUUCUACUCUCAGCGCCUUCCUGGCUUAGUGGAUGGGGAGGAUGGAGAGGAUGGGGAGACAGCUUACCAGCUGCAUUCUAUAUAAACUGUACUGUACUUGGA